CAACCCAAACAGCCAAUUAUUAGCCUACUAGGCAGAGGAGAGGAGAUUCCAUUCGUUUUCCGUGUAGGAGGAUAGCGAGGGAGCGGAGUAGCAGAGACCACAGAGAGCAGUGAGCGGAGCAGAGCAGAAGGAGGAGAAGGCGGCCAGCCGGAGGCAGACGCGGAGAGGAAGCGAGCGAGGAUGCCGUGCCUGAACGUGUCGACCAACGUGAACCUGGAGGGGGUGGACACCUCCGCCAUCCUCGCCGAAGCCUCCAAGUCCGUCGCCGACAUCAUCGGCAAGCCAGAGGCCUAUGUGAUGGUUGUUCUCAAAGGUUCAGUUCCUAUGGCAUUUGGAGGUACCCAGGAGCCUGCAGCUUACGGUGAGCUCGUUUCCAUCGGAGGCCUGAGCCCUAAUGUGAAUAAGAAGCUUAGUGCUGGCAUUGCUUCUAUCCUGGAGUCAAAGCUGUCUGUUCCCAAGUCGCGCUUCUACCUCAAGUUCAAUGACUCAAAGGGCUCGGACUUCGGUUGGAAUGGCUCCACCUUCUAGACUUGAGGCCCGUAUCUUUAAUAAAGGAAAUUCAUGGUGCAUAAUGCCAUGGCUAUUGCCUGUUAAUAACAAGGUCAAUUGGUGCUGAACUGAGAAUCGAUAACUGUUGUGUGGAACUGGAACUGGGACCCAGACUUGUGUUGAGUGCCACAUGGCAUGCUUGUGCUAUCUUGUUCUUGGCUUGAGAUUAUUAUCUUGGUUGCUGGUCCAUCGGGUAUGGUAACCGUAUCUUCAAAUGGUGUCUUGUUUGUUAAUCUAGCGAAAAUCUGCCAACGGUAGUGUUGUUUUACAGCCCUACAGUUACAGUGGACAUAAGGCUGGUAACCGAGAAAUUUAAUAGCCACUAGUUGUUGCUUCA